UAAACGAAUGUCUUGCAAAAGUAACACAUUUAAAGCAAUCAGGCAAUCCAAAGGGAACAUUUCAGAGCACGUUUCCUAUGGAAUGGCCUAUUUGUCUUGGUACCCUGGGGCAAAUCAGAUAGCUUGCUUGCUAGUUUGCUGCAGCCAUACCAGACCACCCACUAGCAGCGUUGUUGAGAUGGGGGAACUCGCCAGCUAGGAGGGAGAACUGAGAGGGAGACGGACUAAGAGAGUCGGACGCCAUUGUUGCCAGGAACUGCCUGUCUUGAUUUAAAUCAGCCGAUUAAGUAGGGAGUUUGGAGUACAGGAACAAAAUAAAUGUAUAUUUUAAUAGCACCGAGCCACUAAGGAAUUUUAGCCUGCUUGUUUGAAUCUUGUUCGGGAGGAGAUGCAAGUUUGCAACAGCGCGUACGAGUGACAUGAGAGUGAGUGUUCGUGCCCUCCAUCCCUGCCAGAUGCCCAGUAUGAGCCCCCGGUUCCGGCGUUCCGGUUACCCACAAUGAACGGCAGCAGGAAUGGGACGUCAGUGGGGAACGUCACAGCGGGUGUCGCCGAUGGCGACGGAGCGGCUGCCGCCGCGGUGGUGGAGUCGGUCUUCAUCGUGGCCAUCGCCCUCCUCGUCUGCUUGGGCAACCUGCUCAUCGUGGUGACCCUGUACAAGAAGCCCUACCUGCUGACGCCCAGCAACAAGUUCGUCUUCAGCCUGACGCUGUCCAACCUCCUGCUCUCGGUGCUGGUCCUGCCCUUUGUGGCCGCCAGCUCGGUCCGGCGCGAGUGGAUGUUCGGGGUCGUGUGGUGCAACUUCACCGCCUUGCUCUACCUGCUCAUCAGCUCGGCCAGCAUGCUCACCCUGGGGGCCAUUGCCAUAGACAGGUACUACGCCGUGCUGUACCCCAUGGUCUACCCCAUGAAGAUCACGGGGAACCGGGCGGCGGUGGCCAUCGUCUACGUGUGGCUGCACUCCCUGGUGGGCUGCCUGCCUCCGCUCUUCGGCUGGUCCGCCUUCGAGUUCGACCGCUUCAAGUGGACGUGCACGGCCGCCUGGCACCGCGAGGCCAGCUACACGGCCUUCUGGGUGGCCUGGUGCAGCCUGCUGCCCUUCGCCGCCAUGCUGGUCUGCUACGGCGUCAUCUUCCGGGUGGCGCGGGUCAAGGCCCGCAAGGUCCACUGCGGCACGGUGGUGGCCCAGGAGGAGCCGGGCGGGGCCCAGAAGAACGGGCGGAAGAACUCCAACACCUCCACCUCCUCCAACAGCAGCAGGAAGAGCCUGGUGUACUCGGGCAGCCAGUGCAAGGCCUUCGUCACCAUCCUGGUGGUCCUGGGGACGUUCCUGGUGACGUGGGGCCCCUACGUGGCCGUGAUCAGCUCCGAGGCCCUGUGGGGGAAGGGCAGCGUCUCGCCCCGCCUGGAGACCCUGGUGACCUGGCUGUCGUUCACCAGCGCCAUCUGUCACCCGCUCAUAUACGGGCUGUGGAACAAGACGGUGCGGAAGGAGCUCCUCGGCAUGUGCUUCGGGGACCGCUACUACCGGGAGUCCUUCGUAACCCGGCACAGGACGUCCCGACUGUUCAGCAUAUCCAACCGCAUCACGGAUCUGGGUAUGUCUCCACACCUGACGGCGAUGCUGGCUGGUGGAGGCCAGCUCUUAGGCCACAGCAGCAGCACUGGAGACACCGGCUUCAGCUUCUCACAGGACUCUGGAACAGAUGUCAUGCUUCUGGAGAAUUUUUCCUCUGACAACUCCCACACCCCCCACUACAGCCUCUUGUCCGGCAAGAGGAGGAGCUCAGUCACCUUUGAGGACCAGGUGGAGCAGCAUUCCAAAGAUAAUUGUAGUGCCUCUACAAUCCAAGUGAAGGCGGAGAUCCACAAGUCUCUGGACAGCUACGCAUCUUGCUUGGCCAAGGCCAUUGAGAGCGAUGUCAAAGUUCAGCUCUUUGGGGAGGAGGUCCUGUCCGGGGCCUUAUUUUCAGCAAAGACCACUUUGGGAAUCACGGGGGCCUCCUUCAGGGGACCCCGAUACCUGGACGGCCAGAGACUGAGACUGGAGAGCAUCGAUGAAGGAAUAGUCAACGAUGACAAGGACGAGGAAGAGGACGAAGAAAUUGAAGAAAUUUGUGCCUAGUCUUUGUGUGUCCGUGUGCGUGUGCAUGUGUGAUAAGUCGUUUCUUUGGACUUAUUCUUCCAUCAGAGUUUCUUUGGAAGCUUGAGUCAAGUCUGUAAUGCAGAACAAUAUGCAGUGAGGGUUAGUACCCUCAAGUAUUUCAGGUGAGAAAGGUGAGCUUUGGCUGAACUGUAACAGCCAGGAUCAUGAACUCUACACAGAACUAAUGUGUGGAUUGUGCGAUUGCUCAUAAUCCAGAUCAAGGUAUUCCAAAUGGCAUUCCACUGUGUUACAUGGAAUGCUGUGUGCCAUCGUCUUGUAGCCUGUGUUUGUGAGGCAAAGCACGAUGUGAAUGUCAUGGUUUUGAAACAUAGGACCAAGCAUACAUGUUUAUCCAUGUUACUGAUUGGGAGGGAUGUUUUCCCUGUUUGUGCAUUGUUAUGAUUGCACUCCAGUCUGUAGGAUCUAGUUUUACAUUUUUAUUUUUAUGGUAACCUUGAGGAAAAAAAAUGCAUACUGAGUACUCUACUCCUUCCAGAAAGUUGGCUGACUAUUUCCAAGAGGAUCAGCUGGAUUUGAACCCACCGCCUGAUCGUUAACUGUGACGGCCAAAGUGAUUGCGAAAUGGCAAAUCCGGGGUGCAAAAUACAAUACUUGAGUUUUAUUUGCUAUCAUAAGAGCAUGGUACUGCAUUGUAUAUUGUGAAAAGACAGACAUUGCAUGUCUACAGUAAUGUAGGUAGUGAAACUGUAUUCAAAUUUUGUUACUGCUGUUCAGGACAAAGUUUUUGAUGUAAGGAUUUUCACUGAAACGUUUUGUAUUAAAACAUUUUAGGUACCGAUGACCUGUGCA